AUGGAGGAAUUAACUGAGUCAAGAAACCAAGCUAAAGCCGAGGCCAUGCCUUACAGAAGAGAAACCGAAAAGGAAAAUUACCAAAAGAACAAAAGAGAAGACACCGGAAGGAGUUAUCAGGUGAAAAGACCUCGCUAUGCCGAGUACACCCCGUUGAAUACAACCAGAACAAGGAUAUUAGAACAAGCCCUAGCAUCAGAAAUUUUGAGCAUUCCCAAAAGAGCCCACACCCCUCCAAGAGCCGACCUAUCGAAAUCAUGUUCAUAUCAUCAAAACCAUGGUCAUUCAACAGAGGAAUGUGCUGCUUUGAAGGAUAAAGUGGAGGAAUUGAUAAAACAGGGACAACUAAAAAAGUACAUCGAAAAUCAAAGUACUAAUCGAAGGUACGAUAAUGAGAAGAAUAAUUACGUACAAAGAGGAAGAGAGACACUAAGAGAAGAACGCAAAAUUAGCAGAGAAAGGAUUCGGUCAAGAGAAAGAAAGAGGGAACCAAACGCUAGAAAUCAAGAAAAGAGAGUCAUCAACAGCAUUUCAGGAGGAUUCGCAGGAGGAGGAGAAACCUCUUCUGCUCGGAAAAGAUACUUGAGAGCAGUGAAAACGGUAAAUUUUGUAGAAAAAAGGAAAAAGAAGAUGCCCACUAUAACUUUUACAGAUGAAGAUUUCAAAGGAGUAGACCCUGAACAGGAUGAUCCCAUUGUCAUCAGUGUGGAAAUCAACAAUUGCAUCGUUAAAAAGACCUUGGUAGAUCAAGGAAGUUCCGCUGAUAUACUAUAUUGGAAAACAUUUAAACAAAUGGGAAUUCCAGAAGAAGAACUGAAACACUAUGACGAAUCACUGGUAGGGUUCUCGGGAGAAAGAGUAACAACAAAAGGGUGCAUUGAACUUUAUACUUGCUUCGGUUACAAUCAAGAGGUUUCAAAAACUAUAAGGAUAAGAUAUAUUGUGGUAAAUGCGAAUACUUCUUACAAUAUACUGUUAGGAAGACCAUCAAUCAACGCAUUAGGAGUCAUCGUCUCAACGCCACAUCUAGCCAUGAAGUUUCCAGGAGAAUCACAAAAGAUAAUUACGGUUCAUGCUGAUCAGAAAGUUGCGAGAGAGUGUUACAUGGAAAGUUUGAAAAUACGACCAAUAAUAGAGAGAGAAGACAAAAAUGUACAUAUGGUAUCACCAGAAGCUGGGAAAAUGUUAGACACUACUGAAUUGGACCCACGGUUAGGGAACGAAGAUCUCAGGAUGGAACCGAAUGAAGAAACUUUGCCAUUCCGGUUAGGGGAUAAAGAAGGGCAAAACACAUACAUCGGGUCGAAACUCGAGAAGGAAGAUAAAGAAAGAAUACAGGAAGUAGUGACAAAGAAUAAAGAAUUAUUUGCAUGGACAGCCGAAGAUAUGCCUGGCAUUGAUCCCGAAUUCCAUUGUCAUUGA